GAAGACAAAAAACGUCGCCUGCUGGAGAAGACAGAUUUUGUAGCCCAGCUAUCCCUCGUUUCGCGGAACAAGAAUUCGAGGGGCAAAUUUUAUGAUUAUUUUUUGUUGUUGGCCAGUUUGCCUACAUUUCCCGAAACCCACUGCGACGGCAAAAACAUCCGCCAUAUUGAAAUCGCCAGAACGGGAACGCGCUGGCUGCAUAGUCUGUAUCCACAACACAGCAUAUUGGGACUAUGACGCAGACAGUGCAGACGAACGGGGUGCAACCCCUCAGUAAGACCUGGGAACUCAGUCUGUAUGAGUUACAGAGGACUCCACAGGAGGCCAUCACAGAUGGGCUGGAGAUAGCCGUGUCUCCCAGGAGCCUCCACAGUGAGCUGAUGUGUCCCAUCUGCCUGGACAUGCUGAAGAACACCAUGACAACCAAGGAAUGUCUGCACCGAUUCUGUGCCGACUGCAUCAUCACCGCCCUCCGAUCAGGCAACAAGGAAUGCCCUACGUGCAGAAAGAAGCUGGUGUCUAAGCGAUCCCUGCGGCCGGACCCUAACUUUGAUGCCCUCAUCAGUAAGAUCUACCCCAGCAGAGAUGAGUACGAGGCCCACCAGGAGAGGGUUCUGGCCCGCAUCUCCAAACACAACAACCAGCAGGCCCUGUCCCACAGCAUCGAGGAGGGCCUCAAGAUACAAGCCAAGAACAGGCUGCAGCGAGGGAAGAAGCACCAGCUGGAAAACGGCAGCGGGGCAGAGGACAAUGGUGACUCCUCCCACUGUAGCAAUGCCUCCGUCCACUCCAACCAGCAGGAGGCGGGGCCGAGCAUCAAGCGUACCAAGACGUCAGAUGACUCUGGUCUGGACAUGGACAACGCUACAGAGAACGGAGGGGGAGGGGACGUGGCCAUGGACGGAGCCAGCGAGAUAGAACUGGUGUUCUGUCCUCAUCCUACGCUCAUGGACAAGGAGGACACCGUGCAGACCAGUGUUGAGUUUGUUCCCAGGUACAUCAAGACGUCGGGUAACGCCACAGUGGACCACCUGUCUAAGUACCUGGCUGUGCGUCUGGCUCUGGAGGAACUGAGGAAGAACGGAGAGGCCAGCCCUGUCAAUGUAGACGCUGCCUCAGAGAAACAAUACACCAUUUAUAUCCCUACAGCCAACGGCCAGUUCACGGUGCUGAACGGGUCUUUUUCUCUGGAGCUUGUCAGUGAGAAGUACUGGAAGGUGAACAAACCCAUGGAACUGUACUUCGCCCCCACCAAGGAGCACAAGUAGACCGCCUGGAGUACACCUGGGGGGUAGACCGCCUGGAGUACACCUGGGGGGUAGACCGCCUGGAGUACACCUGGGGGGUAGACCGCCUGGAGUACACCUGGGGGGGUAGACCGCCUGGAGUACACCUGGGGGGGUAGACCGCCUGGGGUACACCUGGGGGGGUAGACCGCCUGGAGUACACCUGGGGGGGUAGACCGCCUGGAGUACACCUGGGGGGGGUAGACCGCCUGGAGUACACCUGGGGGGGUAGACCGCCUGGAGUACACCUGGGGGGUAGACCGCCUGGAGUACACCUGGGGGGGUAGACCGCCUGGAGUACACCUGGGGGGGUAGACCGCCUGGAGUACACCUGGGGGGGUAGACCGCCUGGAGUACACCUGGGGGGUAGACCGCCUGGAGUACACCUGGGGGGGUAGACCGCCUGGAGUACACCUGGGGGGGUAGACCGCCUGGAGUACACCUGGGGGGGUAGACCGCCUGGAGUACACCUGGGGGGGUAGACCGCCUGGAGUACACCUGGGGGGGUAGACCGCCUGGAGUACACCUGGGGGGGUAGACCGCCUGGAGUACACCUGGGGGGGUAGACCGCCUGGAGUACACCUGGGGGGGUAGACCGCCUGGAGUACACCUGGGGGGGUAGACCGCCUGGAGUACACCUGGGGGGGUAGACAUCCUGGAGUACACCUGGGGGGGUAGACCGCCUGGAGUACACCUGGGGGGGUAGACCGCCUGGAGUACACCUGGGGGGGUAGACCGCCUGGAGUACACCUGGGGGGGUAGACCGAAUGAUACCGUAUUCCCUGUGUCCCAGGGUAGUGUCAGGAGGGAAUAGGGUACCAUUUGGAUCACAGUUCUGGACGAGACCUGCCAGGAGGACUAGGUGUCUAAUGGACACUAUGGACUCACACUCUCCGUCUCUCCCCUUUUCUGAUCUCUCCCUCUCCGUCUCUCCCCCUUCUGAUCUCUCCCUCUCUCUCUCCCCUUUUCUGAUCUCUCCCUCUCUGUCUCUCCCCUUUUCUGAUCUCUUCCUCUCUCUCUCCCCUUUUCUGAUCUCUCCCUCUCUCUCUCCCCUUUUCUGAGCUCUCCCUCUCCGUCUCUCCCCUUUUCUGAUCUUUCUCUGCUAUCUCCACCUCUCUGUUUAACCAUGUCUGGUGUAUAUUAGUUGGUAACAUGUUAGUGUAUGGGGCCUACACAAGGAAAACCUGACUCAUCCAUCAGCAUCUUCAUAAGCAUGGGGAUGUAACUGCAGUGGUGGUGUUCAGGAGGGCAGCGCCCGGGUGGUGUUCAGGAGGGCAGCGCCCGGGUAGUGUUCAGGAGGGCAGCGCCCGGGUGGUGUUCAGGAGGGCAGCGCCCGGGUGGUGUUCAGGAGGGCAGCGCCCGGGUGGUGUUCAGGAGGGCAGCGCCCGGGUGGUGUUCAGGAGGGCAGCGCCCGGGUGGUGUUCAGGAGGGCAGCGCCCGGGUGGUGUUCAGGAGGGCAGCGCCCGGGUGGUGUUCAGGAGGGCAGCGCCCGGGUGGUGUUCAGGAGGGCAGCGCCCGGGUGGUGUUCAGUGUUGCACCCUACUAAACAUCCCUGGUGUUGACCAGUGGCAGUUCAUAUCACCUGACUAAACUCUGAAACUAGGUCCCAAAUGUCUGCUUAUUCUCUAUGUAGUGGACUGCUUGGACCACAGCCCUAUAGACCCUGGUCUAAAGUAGUGCACUGCAUAUGGAGUAGGGGGCCAUUUGGGAUAACCUGAAUGUAUUAUGACUUGCUGUCUGAAGGUGUUGUGGCUAGCCAGUUUUCCGGUCACAUAGCCACUGUUGUCGGGUCCUCUUACUGAGUUAGUACCUGCUAGUUCCAGGGCUGUCUACCUUCUACCUGCUCUGGAUAACUGGUUGCUUUUGGGACCUUGGAUUGUCUUUUUGUAUCUGGGGUUACGGGGAGCUGGGUUGGGUGAUGGGAAGGGGUGGGAGGCUUUAGAAGGUCUAUUACCUCUGUAUACUCUGUCUUUUUGUGGAAUAUCAACAAGCUUGUUUUCUGUUAACCCGGGAUCCUGUUGUGUCUGUUGGCAUUGGAUGUGUCUCAAUUGGCAGCCUGUUCCCUGUUAAGUGCAAUACACAGGGCUCUGGUCUAAAGUAGUGCACUAUAUAGGGAAUAGGGCUCUGGUCUAUAGUAGGGCACUACAUAGGGAAUAGGGCUCUGGUCUAUAGUAGGGCACUAUAUAGGGAAUAGGGCUCUGGUCUAUAGUAGGGCACUAUAUAGGGAAUAGGGCUCUGGUCUAUAGUAGUGCACUAUAUAGGGAAUAGGGCUCUGGUCUAUAGUAGUGCACUAUAUAGGGAAUAGGGCUCUGGUCUAUAGUAGUGCACUAUAUAGGGAAUAAGGCUCUGGUCUAAAGUAGUGCACUAUAUAGGGAAUAGGGCUCUGGUCUAUAGUAGUGCACUAUAUAGGGAAUAGGGCUCUGGUCUAUAGUAGUGUACUAUAUAGGGAAUAGGGCUCUGGUCUAUAGUAGUGCACUAUAUAGGGAAUAGGGCUCUGGUCUAUAGUAGUGUACUAUAUAGGGAAUAGGGCCCUGGUCUAAAGUAGUUCACUAUAUAGGGAAUAGGGCUCUGGUCUAUAGUAGUGUACUAUAUAGGGAAUAGGGCUCUGGUCUAUAGUAGUGUACUAUAUAGGGAAUAGGGCCCUGGUCUAUAGUAGUGUACUAUAUAGGGAAUAGGGCUCUGGUCUACAGUAGUGUACUAUAUAGGGAAUAGGGCUCUGGUCUAUAGUAGUGCACUAUAUAGGGAAUAGGGCCCUGGUCUAUAGUAGUGUACUAUAUAGGGAAUAGGGCCCUGGUCUAUAGUAGUGUACUAUAUAGGGGAAAUAUUUCCCUUUGGGACAUUUAAUAAUGUGGUUGUCACCUGGCUGAUCUGGUAGCCAUGGAAAACAUCUGAUAUGACCUAACGACAUUCUAUUAGACAGACUUCAUCUCAUUAUUGCCCUUCUCUCUAGUCUGGUUGGCUCUCAUUCUGUCGUCCUAGAGAUGGUUAUCAUUUACAGCAGGGUUGGGGUCCUCUUCAGGCCGUGGAAUAAUCUCUGUACCUUCUGUCUCUGAGGAGGACCUCUCCUGUGACAUCUUUAAGAAGCCAGAAGUUCUUCCAAAAGCACUCAUAGAAAACUAAGAAUGAAAUGAGUAAGGAUGAAAUUGAGCCCAACCCUGUUUCACAUUGACGUGAUUAUCUCAGCAGGCUCAAGUCUAGUUCAGUACAACAUGGUAUAGUAGUAACACCCUUUGUUCAUUCAUCUCAACCAGGAAUGUAUCACUCUGACCCCAACACACCUAAACUGUAUGCAAGUUAUCUGUCUGUGUACAUAAACCAACCAGCUCUAUUCAUCACCUUCAAGCAAGCUUAAUGAAGUGUGUGUGUGUGUGUGUGUGUGUGUGUGUGUAGGGACCCAAAUUGUGUUUUCUCCCCCCCCCCCAACAAAAAAAAAAUAUUUCACAACGAUGAUACCAUGGAAGAAACAUUUACAAAUAUACCUUUUAAAAGCAUGUUUGGUUAUCAUUAUUUUUUACCAUUUUCUUUGCAUAAAUAUCAGUUUUUGUUUGGGAAAACUGCAAACUGUUUGGGAAAUAAACUGCAAAAUGUGUGUAAAA